UCCUACCGACACGAGUUCUUAACCAGCGCGUAAAAGAAAAAGUGCUCCUCGCAUCGUUCUCUUAGUCUUCGGUUCGUAUUCUUCACGCAACCAUACCUACCAUUUCCGAUGGCAACAACCGCUGAUAAAACCGUCGCCACCGCAAGCACCACCGCCCCUCCAGCAUCCUUCGUCUAUUCAUCGGCUGAACCGAACUCUAAGCAGAUCGUGGACCCUGCUCCACCUUCCACGGACAAGUUAGAUCCUCCUAGCUCUGAUACUCCCGCUUCUGAAGCAUCUCUUAAGGAGAACGGUGGUUCGCAGACCAGCGGAACUAUUUUGAGCUCGGUCGCUGGGGGUGGAAACGGUCCCGUUAACGAUAUCCAGAAGAAGAUUCGUCGAGCUGAGCGGUUCGGCGUACCGGUUCAGUUGUCUGAGCAAGAGAAGCGUAAUUCUAGGGCUGAGAGGUUUGGUGCUGCACCCGGCACGAAUGGAUCAGAAGCAUCUAAACAAUCAGAGGACCUGAAGAGGAAAGCCAGAGCAGAGAGAUUUGGGCUCUCUGUACCCUCUAUGGCUGCUGAUGAGGAGGCCAAAAAGAAAGCACGUUUUGCCAGAUUCGCACCAAAAUCUAAACUGGAUAAUGUAGAAGAGGAAAAACGAAAAGCGAGGGCACUCAGGUUUUCUAAUCCUCCAUCAAAUACUUCAUCACAGGCGAAUGGCAAGGGAAAUAUUGAACCAGAGGCUCCUAUUGCUGGAAAGGCUGGUGGAGGACCUUGAAUACAAGUUUCAUACAUAGUUAGAAGGUCUAGUAGUGUCCUAACAUUUUGUGAUUCCCUCAGCAGCUUCUUUUACAAUGUUUUCCUUCCAACCUCAGAAUUCGUACAUGCAGAACUCCUUCAUCCUUUAGGGGAAUCAACUAUCACCUUGUGUUAACCUAUCUCAAAUCGUACAAAGAGCAUUAAAAAUUCUGGUGUAGGGGGCUAGAAAAUUUCAACGUUUCUCUUUUGUUAAGUAGUUGAGAAAGCAUGGAGUAAGUAAAUUUCUUCAAUGAUUGAUUUGUUCCCUUGCCAUGGUGAUAUUUCGGUAGAGCAUCUUAUACUCGACCAGUUAAAUAUUAUGACCAAGUGUGAGACAGCAGUAGUAUUCAUAUUGAGUUUGUCUGUUUCUAUGGGAUAAAGAACCUGAAGUAGUAGAUAAUGCAUGCUUCAUGAGAAUUCUUGUGACUCUUCUAUCUUUUUCAUAAAUAGCGUUGGUUUUUAUAUGUUAGUGAUAGGGUCUUAGGUCUUUCGUUCUUUUUUUUUUGUGGAGUGGGGCUUUAGCUGUGUAGGACAAACGAUAAACAUAAAUGCCUUCGAUUUGAGCAAAACAAGGAUGACUUUUUCUGUGUUUACAUUAAAAAGUGAUUAGAAAAGCUUGAUUGAGGGAAUUUGUGAGAGGCUUAUGUUUAGAUCAUUUUUUGUUCAUUUAAUCACAGAAUGUUGUCAUAAACAGAAAUAGAUUAAUUUGUUGGAUAUGUGUAUGGACAUGCAUAUUUACUAAUGCACACAUUUGCAGGUUUGUAUUCAUAUGUUUGCAUGAUACUCAUGGCUCAAAUGGAAUUAAUCCGACUUUAUUAGUUAAUUAUCUUUCUACGAGAAAAGAUCAACACAAUGCUGUUGUGGAUAUGGUACUACUGCUGUUCAGCAUUUGAUCAUGAGAGGUAUAUUGAAAACUGGGAAUAGAUUUUAUAAAAGAUUAAAUGUGGGGAACAUUUUCAAUCAUUGAUGAGAUUACUUGAUCAAAAGUCCAACACUUUUUCCGAGUCCUUUACUUAAGAAUUUCUUCUUUUUCUGGUACUUGAGAUAACUGGCACUACCUAGGUUUAAGGUGAUUGCUAGCAUCAUCCCUUUGGUCUCACCAGGUGAAUUUGGCCGAUCAAUCCUGCAAGGUAAUUAUUUCGGGAAUGAAGCUUGUUUAUGUUUCCUGAGUUUGUUUUAUGGUUUAUGUAACUCUUCUUUUUCUCGUGUAGAGUUGAAGUGUUAGUAACUAGUCGACAGUAAUUAGCUUCUUUGGAAUUUGUUUUUUGGUUUGAAAUUUUUGUACGGAAGACCGGUUGAACAUUGAGGGGGUCACAAAAUCUAACAGUAUUUACUUUAAAUUUCUGAUCGACAUUAACUCGGUUUAUAAUGUUUUUAAUU